CCGACAUUGUUUUCUUCCCCUUCUGGCUUCUGGCCUUCUCCUUCUACACAGUCUAGAGGCGUCUGCUCCCCCAAUCCCUUCCGCCCGCCCCGCCUGCUCGACGCGAUCCCGCCGGCGGCCAUGGAUCCGUACAAGCACCGCCCUUCUAGCGGGAGCAACUCCAGCUUCUGGACCACCAACUCCGGCGCCCCCGUCUGGAACAACAACUCCGCCCUUACCGUCGGACAGCGAGGACCCAUCCUCCUUGAGGAUUAUCAUCUAAUCGAAAAGCUUGCUCAGUUCGACAGGGAACGUAUCCCUGAACGUGUUGUGCAUGCACGGGGAGCCAGUGCCAAGGGUUUCUUUGAGGUCACUCAUGAUAUCUCUCACCUUACAUGUGCUGAUUUUCUCCGGGCUCCUGGGGUCCAGACACCUGUUAUUGUCCGGUUCUCUACAGUUGUGCAUGAGCGUGGAAGCCCCGAGACCUUGAGGGAUCCACGUGGUUUUGCUGUCAAGUUCUACACCAGAGAGGGUAACUUUGACCUUGUGGGUAACAACAUGCCUGUGUUUUUCAUACGAGAUGGGAUGAAAUUCCCUGAUAUGGUCCAUGCUUUCAAGCCAAACCCAAAGACCAAUUUGCAGGAGAACUGGAGAAUAGUAGAUUUCUUCUCUCACCACCCAGAGAGCCUGCACAUGUUCACCUUCCUCUUUGAUGAUGUUGGCAUCCCACUCAACUACAGGCACAUGGAGGGCUUUGGUGUCAAUACCUACACCUUGAUCAACAGGGAUGGAAAGCCUCACCUUGUGAAAUUCCAUUGGAAGCCUACUUGUGGCGUGAAAUGCUUGCUUGAUGAUGAAGCUGUGACUGUUGGAGGUACCUGCCAUAGCCAUGCGACAAAGGAUCUAUAUGAUUCCAUUGCAGCUGGGAAUUACCCUGAAUGGAAGCUCUACAUCCAGACUAUCGAUCUUGACCAUGAGGAUAAGUUUGACUUCGACCCGCUUGAUGUCACCAAGACCUGGCCUGAGGAUAUCAUCCCACUGCAACCUGUUGGACGGAUGGUCCUGAACAAGAACAUUGAUAACUUCUUUGCGGAGAAUGAACAAAUUGCUUUCUGCCCAGCGAUUAUUGUCCCUGGAAUCCACUAUUCUGAUGAUAAGCUGCUCCAGACGAGAAUCUUCUCCUAUGCUGAUACCCAGAGGCACCGCCUUGGUCCAAACUAUCUGAUGCUUCCUGUGAAUGCACCAAAAUGUGCCCACCACAACAACCACCAUGAAGGGUUCAUGAACUUCAUGCACAGGGAUGAAGAGGUGAACUACUUCCCUUCAAGGUUUGAUCCUACCCGUCAUGCUGAGAAGGUCCCUAUUCCUUCCCGUGUUCUAACAGGCUGCCGCGAGAAGUGCAUCAUCGAGAAGGAGAACAACUUCAAGCAGGCUGGUGAGAGAUUUCGAUCCUUUGACCCUGCCAGGCAAGACCGGUUUAUCCAACGAUGGGUUGACGCACUGUCAGACCCUCGUGUUACCCAUGAACACCAUACGAUUUGGAUCAACUACUGGUCUCAGUGUGAUGCCUCUCUUGGCCAGAAGCUGGCUUCUAGGCUGAACCUGAAGCCGAACAUGUAAGAUUGACAAGGAAGAAAGCAGGCGCCGGUGGCCGAGGAUGCAACAUGGAGCGUGAUGCAACACAUGUUGGAUCGUGCGAUGUUGAGAACGGCUGUUACACCUAUAUAAUCGAAUAAACAGGGAUGUGCGCGUUGUAGUAUGCUGAUGAUCGGUGGUGGUUAUAUAUCCUGGAACUUUUGGUGUACACAUCUUUUCUGGAAAGACGUAAUAAUAAAGAAGAAUGUGUCAAUGUGGUGGGCAACAGUAGCAGACGAUGUAGUUUACGGUGGCGUUGUUUUUGUCGCCUGUAAUGCAAAACCCUGCUGUGUGCUCGCCUGUCUAUUACAAACAGUGAUGAGUUGUGGCGGUAUGUUUUUGACAGUUUAUUUACUAGUGAGUACA